AUGUCUUCUGUGUUCCUCAGCCUGUGUCUUGGUGAGUCCCGGAGGGCAAUGAAGGGAGAGAACACGACAGUGGAGAUAUUGAAAGCCUGCCCAUUUACAGGUGGUCACACCAAGCCCUCCCUGUCUGCCUGGCCAAGCUCUGUGGUUCCUCGAGGAAGCCAUGUGGUUAUUCAGUGUGACUCUAGUCUUCAGUUUCACAGAUUUAGGCUGUAUAAAGAAGAUGGGGGUCACAUCCCUGGGCUCCAGGACAGAACAUUCCGGAAAAACUUUCUCAUAGACCCUGUGACCCCAGCACAUGGGGGAACCUACAGAUGUUAUCUUCAUACUCGCUACUCUUAUUCGUUGUUAGCACUGAGUGAUCCUCUGGUAAUCACGGUCACAGGAGUCUACAGAAAACCUUCUCUCUUGGCCCAGCUGGGUACCCUGGUGAAAUCAGGAGGGAACUUGACCCUGCAAUGCUUCUCAGAGAUGGUAUUUGAGAAGUUCAUUCUGGUUCAGCGCAGAUCAGGGGCAACUGAGAACACGUUGCACCUUGCUGGGGAGCUCCAUCAUGGGAGUUCCCAAGCCAACAUCUCCAUGAAUCCUGUGACACCUGCUCAUGCAGGGACCUACAGAUGUUAUGGCUCUGUCAGUCACUCCCCCUAUGAGUGGUCAGCCCCCAGUGACCCCCUGGACAUUGUGAUCACAGGUCUAUACGAGAAGCCUUCUCUCUCAGCCCAACCAGGACCCAUGGUUAUGUCAGGAGAGAAUGUGACCUUGUCCUGUGGCUCUAAGAGCUCCUUUGACAUGUACCAUCUAUCCAGGGAUGGGGAGGCCCCUGAAAGCAGGCGCCCUGCAGUAUGGAGCCAAAAUGGUAUAUUCCAGGCUGACUUCCCUCUGGGCCCCGUGACCACAACUCACCGUGGGACCUAUAGAUGCUACGGGUCUUUCAGUGGCUCUCCCCAUCAGUGGUCAGCCUCAAGUGACCCAACGCACCUUUCUGUCACAGGAAACUCUUCAAGCAGUUGCCCUUCACCCACAGAGUCGAGCUCCAAAAAUGGGUCGCUGCCUCCUGUCAGCAGAAGCAACACCAUGUCUUCUGUGUUCCUCAGCCUGGCGUGUCUUGGAUUCUUCUUGGACCAGAAGUUUUGGGCACAAGUGGGUGGUCACACCAAGCCCUCCCUGUCUGCCUGGCCAAGCUCUGUGGUUCCUCGAGGAAGCCAUGUGGUUAUUCAGUGUGACUCUAGUCUUCAGUUUCACAGAUUUAGGCUGUAUAAAGAAGAUGGGGGUCACAUCCCUGGGCUCCAGGACAGAACAUUCCGGAAAAACUUUCUCAUAGACCCUGUGACCCCAGCACAUGGGGGAACCUACAGAUGUUAUCUUCAUACUCGCUACUCUUAUUCGUUGUUAGCACUGAGUGAUCCUCUGGUAAUCACGGUCACAGGAGUCUACAGAAAACCUUCUCUCUUGGCCCAGCUGGGUACCCUGGUGAAAUCAGGAGGGAACUUGACCCUGCAAUGCUUCUCAGAGAUGGUAUUUGAGAAGUUCAUUCUGGUUCAGCGCAGAUCAGGGGCAACUGAGAACACGUUGCACCUUGCUGGGGAGCUCCAUCAUGGGAGUUCCCAAGCCAACAUCUCCAUGAAUCCUGUGACACCUGCUCAUGCAGGGACCUACAGAUGUUAUGGCUCUGUCAGUCACUCCCCCUAUGAGUGGUCAGCCCCCAGUGACCCCCUGGACAUUGUGAUCACAGGUCUAUACGAGAAGCCUUCUCUCUCCGCCCAACCAGGACCCAUGGUUAUGUCAGGAGAGAAUGUGACCUUGUCCUGUGGCUCUAAGAGCUCCUUUGACAUGUACCAUCUAUCCAGGGAUGGGGAGGCCCCUGAAAGCAGGCGCCCUGCAGUAUGGAGCCAAAAUGGUAUAUUCCAGGCUGACUUCCCUCUGGGCCCCGUGACCACAACUCACCGUGGGACCUAUAGAUGCUACGGGUCUUUCAGUGGCUCUCCCCAUCAGUGGUCAGCCUCAAGUGACCCAACGCACCUUUCUGUCACAGGAAACUCUUCAAGCAGUUGCCCUUCACCCACAGAGUCGAGCUCCAAAAAUGAUAACUCCAGCUCCCUGCAUGUUCUGAUUGGACCUUCAGUGGUCACCAUCCUCCUUGCCAUCCUCCUUUUCUUCCUCAUUCGUCGCUGGUGUCCUGCCAAAAAGAAUGCUGCUAUGGUGGGCCAAGAACCUGAGGUGAACAGAACAGUUAAUAGGGAGGACCCCAAAGAAGAAGACCCAAAGGAGGUGACAUAUGCACAGUUGGAUCAUUGGAUUUUCACACGCAAAAAAAUCACUCCCACUUCCCAGAGGCCCGAGGAACCCUCAACAGAUACUAGUGUGUAUGUGGAAUUGCAAAAUCCUGAACCCAAAUCAAGGGUCGUCUCCUAUCCCUUGAGAACACGUAGAAAGACCUCGAGAAGGUCUUCCAUGCACACCAUAGAUCCUUUCCAAACCCAGCUUGACAGCUGCAAUGCAACAACAGCUAGAAUCUGA